GCUGGUCUUUCAAUCCCGGGCAUUGGUAAAGCUGUGCAAUCCGCCCUGCGAACCUACUCACCAUGGUCCGCGUCGCCAACACACCGGCAAGAGUCGAGAAUAUCGCACUUCAUCACUCAAAACAGCUCCGCUUGAGGAAGCGCUUUAUUACCUCCGGAGGUAUUUUCUUUGCAAGUUUGAGCUACGCCAGAUGCACAAGGGCUUGCAUCAAGUCCCGCGAUCAGCUCUCGAACCGCGUAUGACGUCGCGGAUGUCUCCCAUCCUUUUCGGCUUCAUGGCCUUUGUACACAACUCCGACGGGCACGUGGUUUUCGCAACAAAACCAACUUCCAAAAAGCAAAGCGCUCCCACGUGGGUUCUGCGAGUGAUUGCCAGCAUAGUGCAUGACGUCCACAGUCAGGAGGGUGAAACUUGGUCUCGCUUGCUCCCUGUUCCAGAAGGAAUCCAGAAAGGAGUUGGAAGCCUCCCACCGGAUGUCCGACCAUCAGCCGCACAAAAGACGUCAGAAAGGAUGAAUAACCGUAGCUGGCGUGGCACCAACGAGCCACGUAACGAGGCUGGAAAACUUGUUUCUAUUUUCCCUGAGAAAUAUGUGGCGGUGCGGCGGAGGAGCAAUCAAAGAGCGAGUACAAGACGAUCAAAGAUGAUCUUAGUACAAGCCACGUCUCUUGCCUAGAGAAGCAAUCUGUGAGGCUUCUCGUUUGGAGUGACCUGAAAGUUGGUCUGACUGAGCAUGGGGCAGAAGUGACGUCGAAGGGCUCGGAAUAGCCGUUGCGGCCUGAAACAUUCUUGACAUGUUGUCAGGCACAAUCCCAAUUGUUUUCGUGGGGACGUCAUCGUUUGCUCAGAUCGCAUCGUCGCAUUCUCAUGGGGAAUUUUCUCGACUUCAAGGUGGUGGAAAAUGCUCCCAUCAUUUCUUCAGCAUGAGAAAAUGCGCUGUGGAGAGCCCC